UCCCAUAGUGCCUCGCGAGUGGCGGGCAUGAUAACAAACCCUGGGCGUCUGCACGCGUGUUCGGGUCGCCCCAGCGGGGGCUCCGCGCUGGUGAGGGGGAGGUUCUGCGGGGUCGGGUGCCGGCUGCUGUCUGGUCCGGCGGCGCCAUGUCGCUCCUCCGGGGCGUGUGGGGCGCGCUGAGGGUGCUGGGAAGAUCCGGAGCGGAGCUGUGCACUGGCUGUGGGAGUCGCCUGUGUUCACCUUUCAGUUUUGUGUAUUUUCCAAAAUGGUUUUCAUCCACCUUGAGUAGUUAUCCAAAAAAACCUAUGACUUCCUACCUUCGAUUUUCUAAAGAACAGCUACCAGUAUUUAGAGCUCAGAACCCAGAUGUGAAAAAUAAAGAACUAAUUAGACAAAUUGCAGAGGUAUGGAGAGGACUUCCUGAGUCAAAGAAAAAGAUAUAUGAAGAUGCUUAUAAGGCAGACUGGAAAAUAUACAAAGAAGAAAUAAACAGAAUUCAAGAACAGCUUACUCCAAGUCAGUUGCUGUCUUUGGAAAAAGAAAUCAUACAAAGACGUUUGAAAAGGAAAGCAUUAAUAAAAAAGAGAGAGUUAACAUCUCUUGGAAAACCCAAAAAAACUCGUUCAGCAUACAACAUUUUUAUAGCUGAAAAAUUUCCAGAAACCACAGAGUCAUCUUCUAAGGAAAAAUUGAAGAUUUUAAAUGAAAAAUGGAAAAAUAUGCCUGCUUUUCAAAAACAGGUUUAUUAUCAACUUUCUAAGGAUGAUAAAAUUCGUUACGAGAACGAAAUGAAAUCUUGGGAAGAACGGAUGAUAGAAGUUGGGAGAAGUGAUCUUAUACGUCAAAACAAGAAACUACAACCCAAAGCUGCUACUGAGAAACUAAACCGCAAAGAAGAUUGAGUUGUGUUCAGGAUGGUUGGGCACAAGAAACCAAUUAGGUCUCAAUACCUGACAUUGUAACAUCAGAAUAGAUAAAGUUGGUAAACAUUUUAUAUUCAAUUCCUUUUUCUUUAGCCCAUGGACUUCUGCCAGUUGAACAUAUUUUGUAUUAGUAUUUG